AUUAAGUCUGUGGGUAAAUAGUAUUUGCAAGUAAACAGUUCUUGAAUAUAAAAUGAUGGGCUAGUUGUUAUCGUUAUACUACUUCGAACGACCAGUAAAAGCUAAACUCAUCAAAAUGAAGACCUGCUUCGUGAUUUUCUGUUUUGCCUUGAUUGCAAUUGCCAGUGCUGCUCCUUCAGGGAAAGACAACGGACAAGAGGAACAAAUGACCCAAGAACAAGUAGCUGAGAUUCUGAAGUAUGUGAUUCCACCAUGGGUAACCUGCGUCAACCUGAACUGCAGGCUUGGGUGCAUUGAAAGCGGCGCUGUUUCUGGAUACUGCGCAGCUGGAUCUUGCCAAUGCGUUAUUCCCUCACCAACUGCUUAAUUAUUUGGAACACCGAAGCACUUCGACUUAUAUUCGGUCCUUCUAAUAAAGACGUUGAAUAAUUAAAUGUUUUAUUU